AUGUAACAGCAAGAUUAAUAAUUCAAAACGGUGAAAGUGAAAUCAAAUUUCCAUCAAUUCCAAUUAUUACCAAAUCGUUAAAUCCAUAGAUACAAAAUAGAAUUGACUAAUUAUUCAGAAAUCUUUGCAUAAAAAGCAAUUACCACUUAUAGACAGAAGAUAAUAGAAUGUCUAAUUACAUUUUAUUGCAUAAAUUUGAAUAUUUAUUCUCCAACAAAACUUGCCACUUAGGUUUUGGGAGCAUUGAAUGAUGGUGAAGAGAUAUAGAAUGUUGCAUCAUUGAAGCUUGUUGAAUCUGUAGAUGGAGGGCCGAAACUUUAAUAAAUAUUAGCAAGAAUAGUAAAGUAAAUAAUGAGCACACAACAAGGGAUGGUUUAAAUAGGUAAAGACAAAUUAUUUUGGCCUAAGAAAUCUCAUUCAUUUCAUGAUUAUAAGUUUGAGAUCUGGGAGGGAGUCCAAAUUGUACAAAAACAAUUCGGAGUAGUCAUAGAUUGUGCUUAUAAAAUAUUGAGAUAGAAUACCUUACUUGACGAUCUUUCUGUUACCAAAGAAGCAGAUCGUUAUGAAGGAAUGAUAGUGAUGACAAAAUACAAUCAGAAAUUCUAUAGAGUGGAUCUAAUAGAAAUUGGGAUGUCUCCCAAAGAUAUAUUUAUAACAGAAAACGGAGAAGAAACAACCUUUAAGGAAUAUUAUAAACAAAGAUAUAAUUUAAAAUUAAAUGAAAAAUAACCUUUAAUUAAGACUACUCUCAAAAUUAAAGGGAAAUAAGAAGAAAAAGUUAUAUACUUAAUACCAGAACUAUGUCAAUUGACUGGAUUGAGUGAUACUGUUAAGAGUAAUUUCUCAGUAAUGAGAGAAGUAGCUAAAAUAACAAAACCGAAUGCUUAUGACAGAAUCGAUUAAUCCGAGAAAUUUGCUAAAUAAAUAAAUUCAACUGUUAAGAAGGGAUCCAAUAUAAAUUUAUUAGAUACUUGGGGUUUGAAAUUAAACAGUGUUUCAAUGAAUGUUGAAGCUAAAACUGUUCGUCCUGGCACAUUAAUCAUGGGCAAUGACAAUAUUGAUUUAUCAUAAUAAAAUCUGAACCUGGAUCAAUAAACAUAGAAGAAGAUGUAUUAAGUCCCAGAUUAGAAGUUAGUCUGGGUUCUUAUUCAUUAUUACAAAGAAAAAGGACAAGAAGCCAAAAAACUAUUACUUGAUAAUAUGAAACAAGCGAUUUCUGAAUAUUAAUUUUAUGGUUUUUACUCUUAACCCUUGGUUAGACCAUUAUAGGAGGAGAGAGACAAGGCAUUGUUGCUACUAUGUGAUGACAUAAAUAAGGAAUGCUAAUAAAAAUAAUAAAAGAUAGAAUUCAUAAUCUUCUUAUUACCAGGAUAAAAGAAGAAUAGUCGUCUAUAUAGAUGUGCUAAAUUCAUAUCCUUAUAAAAGAUUGGUUGUCCAAGUCAAGUUGUCUUAGAGGACACCUUAGCUAAAAACACACGCUCUAUAGUUAAUAAAAUAAUGGUUUAAAUUUGCGCCAAAUUAGGAGGAGUUCCAUGGGCAAUUGAUAAAUUACCUAAACUCUUUUAAUAAUAGCACACGAUGAUCUGUGCAGCUGAAUGUUACGAUAGAUUACAUCAAAUUAAACAUUUAGCUUUCUGUUCAACUGUUGAUAAAAAUAUGACUAAAUAUCAUAGUCAAAUAUUAAAAGGGGCUGACUAUAAAGGAGACAAUUUAAAGAAGAGUUUAAUUACUGCCAUGGAAGUUUACAAAGAAAAAAAUAAUGUUUUUCCACAAAUAAUCAUUAUUUACAGAGAUGGUGUUUCUGAUGGUCAAAUCCCUGUGGUUCUUGGAGAUGAAUUUCCUCAAUAUGAUUAAGCAAUCAAAUAGAUAAAUCCUUAAAGUAAAUUGGUGCUUGUAGUCUGCAAUAAAAGAGUAGCAGGAAAGUUCUAUCAAGCUGGACAUAGACCUGAUAAUCCUGCUUCAGGAACGAUUGUUGAUACCAAGGAGAUUUGCGAAGGAUAACAACCUAACUUUUAUUUGAUCUCCCAAAUUACUAGAUAAGGCACAUCUCAACCUACACUUUAUAAGAUAUUGCAUUCAGAUAUACCUAAUAUUGAAAAUGAUAUCAAAGUACUUACCUACAAAUUGUGUUGGUUGUAUUACAAUUUUGCUGGUCCUAUAAAGAUUCCUGCUCCUGUUAGAUAUGCUCAUUGUUUGGGUGAAUUUAUUGGUUCUAGAUACUAAAGAAAUGAUAAGGAUCCCUUUGUUCCUGUAGAAGAAUUAGUUAAAAAAGGAGUAUUAUUUUACAUUUGA